GCCGCUCCCGGCGCUGCCACCUGAUGCCGCGGCCCCACCAUGGUGUCCAUGACGAUGGCCACAUCCGAGUGGAUCCAGUUCUUCAAGGAAGCCGGGAUCCCUCCGGGCCCCGCCGUCAGCUACGCCGUCAUGUUUGUGGAUAACAGGAUCCGGAAGAACAUGCUCCUGGAUCUCACCAAGGAGCUCAUGAACGAGCUGGGCAUCACCGUGGUCGGCGACGUCAUCGCCAUCCUCAAGCACGCCAAGGUGGUCUAUAGGCAGGAGAUGUGCAAAGCAGCCACGGAAUUGCUCCUUCCCAGCUCGCCCCCGGUCCAAGCGGAGCUGCGCCGCAACGCCAACAGUGCCGCCAGCCGGAUGAUUGCCAACAGCCUGAGCCGGGAUCCGCUUCCCGCUGCCCCGCUCCAGCCCCAUGGAUCCAAGAUCUCCAUCACUGUUCCCAACCAGCCGGUGGCAGCGAAGGCAGGGAAUGCCGCUGCCGGAAUUCCCUCGAUCCCGGUGAAGCGGCGCCGGGUGACGGCCGAGAUGGAAGGGAAGUACAUCAUCACCAUGCCCAAGGGCACCACCCCGAGGACAAGGAAAAUCCUGGCACAGCAGCAAGCAGCCAAAGGGCUGCCCAGGACGUCCGUGUUUGACCGCUUGGGAGCCGAGGCGAGGGGGGAUACAGCUGCAGGAGGGAAGCCCACCGGCGUCUUCAGCCGCUUGGGAGAUUCCCUACGGGAUGAAUCCAUGGAGAACGAUGAUGAUGACGACGGCUCCGCGCUUCCCUACGCCGGGGUCCUGAAGAAACCCAACGCUUCCCGGAAGGAAAUCCCGGAUCCGGGAAUACCGGUGAAGGCCAAAGCCAGCAGCUUGGAGGCGAAGCCCAUUCCCAGCCUUCGGAAUGCUGCCGGGAUGGCUCCAAUGGGAGAAGGGCGCGAGGGUGAGGAUGGAGUGAGCAGCAGCAGCGGCGGUGAUAGGGAUAAAUCCAAGCGGGAAUGCCGGGUGAUGAUCCGGAGGACUUGGGGCUGCGGGAAGGUGAGCAGCUCCAGCGAGGCCAGGAUGGACAACGCCGGCUCCGUCAGCGUCUUCCAGCGCUUGGGAAAGAAAUCGGAUUGAGA